UUCAAGUGCCUCUAGCCUCUCAUCGUUCCGGCUCUUUUCACAACGUGACAACUGACACUGUGGGGUAUCCAAAAUGCAAAAAACAAAGAAGCCUCAAAUCCAGUCAGUCCAAGUAUUUGGACGUAAGAAAACUGCUACAGCAGUUGCUUACUGCAAAAGAGGACAAGGAUUACUGAAGGUCAAUGGCAGACCACUGGAACUUGUGGAGCCUAGAAUGCUCCAAUACAAAUUACAAGAGCCCAUGCUACUUCUUGGAAAGGAAAGAUUCAGUGAUGUUGAUAUCAGAGUCCGUGUAAAUGGUGGUGGUCAUAUUGCUCAAAUCUAUGCCAUUAGACAAGCGAUAGCCAAAGCUCUUGUUGCCUAUUAUCAAAAAUAUGUUGAUGAGGCUAGUAAAAAAGAAAUAAAAGACAUUUUGAUUCAAUAUGACCGAACCCUCUUGGUUGCUGAUCCCAGGAGGUGUGAACCCAAGAAAUUCGGUGGUCCAGGUGCUCGCGCACGUUAUCAAAAAUCUUACCGUUAAAGUCUAUUUCUACGUUUUAUUUUCUAUUUUAUGAAAUAAAGAAAAUUGUUGAAAAUAAAAAUAUUUCCAUUUUUGUUUUGUAAAUACA